CCAAUUACCCUCCGACCGCGGCCUCCCCAUGCGCUGAGCUUAGCGAUCUCUCCUCCGCGCUACGAUGCUUUCCGCGAAAUCAUAAAGUUGCGAACAAUGGAGUUCUCGAAUCCCUUUGCCGAUACGGUUCCGCGCCGCAACUUUACGGCACCUAUAGGCUCUCAGAUCCAAAGACCGUCUACGUCUGCAGGAGAGACAAGUAAUGCCUUGGUUGAUACGCUCUACGACCACCCUUCGGUCAAGAUCACAUCCUUUACUGCUGGGAGCCGGCCCCCGACCCUCGGUCCCACUCCUCCUGAUACUCCUACCGGCGUCGAGCCGGGCUCUCUGCCGUGGUCUUCCCACCUGGAGAGGACUAUUGCAGUCGGACAUUUCAGAAUCUAUCGUGCUCCUGGUUCAAUAACCUUCCUCAACUGCGGUUCCGCCCUCCAACCGAUAUUCCCAAAAAGCCAGGCUUGGUGUGUUGACGAGCAUUCAAGCAAGUUCAUCCUACAAAUUCGGAGGCCCCAGUACUGGCGCAUCGAGGUGCCUGUCGACGACCCGGAGGAUAUACGACGCGCGCAGCUUUUGCGUGAGGUUUUUGACCAAAUCCUCCAAUUCGAAAAGACCGAAUGCCCUUUCCAACGAUCCUUUACCGUCGAGCUACCCGAACGCCCGCAGACGCCGGCUAUUAAGAGGCCAUGGACUCCUGCUAGGAGAUCUAGUGAAUCCAUCAUUCCAACCCCGGUCAGCGCCAUCACGAUACCCGCCCAGAUAGCCCGUGUACACCGGGGUCCGCCCAAAGAUGACACUAUCAAAGUGCGCAAGAGAAGGGCAACUGGUACCACGAGCCAGUCAGCCUUUCCCACCAGCGAUGAUUUGUUCAGAAUACAGGAGCAUAACGCUGUUUCGAUACCCGACAUUACACUCUCAAGUCAGCCGGACGAGGAACCACAGCAGCCAGAGUCUUUCUCGCGGACUUCCUCUUUCACAAGGACCCCUCUUAUACCAAGCGGCCAGCAAACUAGUCAUUCUGUUGCCGCACCCCCACAGCUAACGUUGGUCACUGUACCGCACUCUACUGAGCCAUCGAUACAUCAACUGGACGGCCAUGCGCCAGAAAUAUCCGGAUCAUUGUCUUCGGUAACCUCCCGCGACUCUUUCCACAGUGUACGGUCAUGCAACUCUCAUAUUCUUCCCCCUUCUCCACCCUUGUCCAAGCCGACGUCUCCUUCAGGCUCUUCCUGUCUGCAUGGGAAGAAUACCGAACCAAAGGAAGACUUUUCGAUCCUUACAUCAGAUAGGGCAGAUCGUUCUAACAUGCCUCAGACAUCGAGUACCAGUCCGAUAGCAGUUGACCGAAGCGCCACCUCCAGCUCGACCUUUGACGGCACAGCUCCCUCUUCUACCCAUGAGAUCGACUCUCCGUGUAGUCCUACAACAGCAGGACUAAUACUGGUCACUCCGCCCAACGCAUCACCGACUUCGCGUUCUCGAUCUCCCUCAAUCACCAGUCGUCGCUCACUUAUCCGCGGCCGCGCAACAACAAGCAGCAGCAUAUCCCCCAGCAGGAGAGCGCUCUCUCCCCUACCACGUGUAGCAGAUCUCUUUGCGCCUCGCCGAAGGGCGCCUUCCAUAUCGUCCAGCAAGCUCGAAGUAGUGCGCAAGCUACCCAUGACGGUUAUCAACAAGUCGUUCGAAAUCCUGAUGGCGCCUCCCACGCACUUGAUGAGCCUCAUGCUCACCGUUGCGGCGCGCAUCACUGCCGGCCAAAAGAGCGGCGCGGUCUUGGGAUCUGGCGAGGGAGGCGAGAGGAUACCUGUGCAGUGGGAUCUCUCGGACGAGACAGAGGACAGUCCAGGUUUCCACCAACGGAAACCAACACCAGCAGCAGCGCCGUUGUUCUCAUCGGGGAGAAGGUGGAGUGUCUCUCAUGUGGGCAAUGACGAUGACCAUUUGCCCCCGCAUAUGCGAGGAAGGGAAAGAGGAAUGAGCUUGAAGAUGGCGGGGAGUUUUCCAGAGUCGUCGGACGAGGACGAUGAUGACAACGACAGCACUUCGAAUUCCACACAUGGCCCUCACGAGCCCCCCACAGCUCGACGAAUCGGUGCUCCCAAGGACGACGAUGGGUUAAGGCUUGACGGUGCUGGGAAUGGAAUACCAGAAAACGAUGCCAAGUUCGACUGGAAUCAGAGCAUGGGAGUCGAUUAGUUGGCGGGCGGGCGUGCUCACUUGACCGUUUGGCAUCCUGUUGCGACUGCUUCAGAUAAGGCGGAGCAAGAUCUACCUAGCAACUUAAACCCCCCUCAGCCCACACAAACGUGGGAAGGGGGUGUACAUACCUGUACCAGUACU